GAAUCGCAUUCAACGCACCACCCAAAUCAUCUUCAAGAUGUUUUUGUAAAAGACGAAUACCACUUUUUAAACGUCCCCGGAAUUGGAACGUUCACAGUGUACGACACCUUUGACUGCACCUUUGAAUGCCUCAGCAAUCCGUCAUGUUUUUCUCUGAACCUGGCCGCCUCCAAAGGAGACGAUGGAAAAUUUUGGUGCGAAUUGUUGACUUCGAAUAAAGACAUCAACCCAGACGAAUUCAAAGAAAACAAGACUUCACAUCACUUUGCUUUGAAGGUGCGAACAUAGUUUGAAUUAAAUAAGAUCUCCCGUAGUGUCAAGAUGAAAAACCUAAGCUAAUUACGGAUCUCAGAGUUUUAAUAGAAAACUGUAAGCCUUAUUCAGUAAUUAGUAAAAACGUGAAAGCUAAUUAAAUUUACAUUUAAUUUCAGUGGAAUAAAGUAAACAGUGACUUAUUUUUGUUUCGCCAGGGGCAGACGAUAGUAGACUAUUUCCAGACAUUAAGGCAAACAUCAAUAAAGCGCUCAUCUCUUAAAAGAGACGAGUCUUAGAUUAGACUAGUCUUCUCUGCAUCUUAAGGUGGCUGAACACAGUUUUGCGGGAAGUCAGUGGUAACUCGCGUGACGGCGCGUGUUUUAAAUUAGACAAACAAAUACGGAGGCGAAAAAGUAACCGUACAUUGAAGACGAUUUCUCAAAAUCUACUCGUUAACAAUUUGUUAUACUUGGCAGAAUUUUUCCUUUCAUCGUAUUUUAAAUGAUAAAAACUUUAAAAUGGAAGUUGAACAGACGAAUUUUGUGACACAUUUAAUAAUUACACUACAAUUACAUUAUUGAUUAUCUUAAAACCCGUCUGUUAAAAUUUGGUCAAAUAAGUUUCAAAUGGUAAUGAUUAAUAGUAGUAAGCUGUGUGCAAGUUUAUAGGAAAAUCUAAUGAGCAAUUUUGAGGCAAACUGAGCAAAAGUGAAAUUUUAGGGUUGUAUUCGAUUGUUCAUGUUGCCAUGGAAACUACGAAAGCGUCAAAUUUUCCCUGUCAAUCAAAAUGUUUCAUUAGUAUAGUUUUCAUUUGCCAAGUUUCAGCUUGUGAGCUGCAACCUUUCUCUUGCCAUGAUUUAGCAAAUGAUGACAUAUAAUCACAAACUGCCAAAACUGUGUUCAGCCACCAUAAGCGUUGCGUGACGAGACAAAAACGGCUGUGAGGGAGACUGUGGGUGAACUGAUCAGAUUUGAGCUGAGAUUGAAGUUCCCUCUAGUGGAAAUUGGUGCAAACAAACUGCAAAGUUGCCUGUUUUGUCUCUUCCAGGGUAGGAACCGGGUGACAUCCUGUGUCGAAUAUGGACAGCAAGGUUUCUACAAAGAUGGCAUUUAUAAGAUCUAUGAUAACGACGGAAACAGUUUCCCAGGCUACUGUGAUUUAAAAUCCGAGCCUGGUAUUGCAUGGACACUAGUCAUGUCGUGGAGUAAAAAAAAUCGUUUUAUUUCUGCUUUUCGCAGCACCCCAUUUCAGUCCAAUGUCCCGGAAAAUGAGAACUCCCCGAACUGGGAUCGUUACCGCUUAAGUCUGGAGCGAAUGAGAUCACUGCAGGUCCACUCCACCCACUGGCGAGCAACAUGCAGCUAUCCGACUCAUGGCAUCGAUUUCACAGACUACCUCCGCGGCAACUUCAAAGACUUUAACAUCGUCGAUUUCCUUGGUAAUGGCGAGUGUAAGAAGGUAGAAUAUGUGGAUAUCCGGGGGCUCAAUGGCACGAACCUUACAGCACCGUUUUGGGCGAACUUCGGGGUGAGUUUGCAUACUGACAGCUCUAUCGAUUUCUGCGAGCUAAAUGCAACUGUUGGAGCGGUAUCGAGUGAAGACAACUUUGGCUCCUAUAACGGCAUUAAUCCCAAGUUCCGCUGCACACAGGAAGACAGCUCUACUACUCAGUGGUGGUUUGGAGCUCAUUUUAAAAAAUAG